AUGUUCACGGCAACCAGAAUUAUGCUCUCGAGGACACUCAAGAGAUCCUUGCCCUGUCGGCCGCUGCUACUUCCUCAGCAGCGAGGCCUAGCCUCUCACGCCGACAAGACUACCCGCCCAGGUGAUGAGCACCCAGCACACGAGUCUCUCAAGAAAGCUUCCUUCAAGCCUCAUCACCCUGUCUCGACGGCUAUAGCCUGGGGUGAAGAAUUCUGGCGCAAUGUUCCUGCCUACAGAGAUGUGUCCAAGGAGCAAUUUCUUUCGUACCGCUGGAGUCUAUCUAAUUUGAACUAUGAGAAACAGAUAAAAAAUUGCAUUGACAGUAUGGAUAGGCUUCACGCCUUUCUGAACUCAGUGCUACCAGAAGAGAUCCCAGACGGUGCAGGUAGCCAGUCCAAAGAGCAGCUAAUGGAGGACAUAUAUUAUGGUGCUAAGGCGGCUCCGAUCCCAUAUCUCCUCAGCCGCAUCAACUGGGAGGAUCCAAGGAACGACCCGAUCUUCCGCCAGUUUAUCCCCAUGAAAUCUUUGCUCCUUCCGGACCACCCGAAACUUGAAUUGGAUUCUUUGCACGAGAAAGGAGAUGAACCCGUUGAUGGGCUGGUCCACAGAUAUCCGGACAAGGCGUUGUUCCUCGCCGUAUCUGUUUGCCCAACUUACUGCGCCUACUGCACCCGCGCACGCGCAGUUGGGGGCAACACUGAGUGUGUGACGAAGCAGUCAUACAAGCCGGGACGCACUCGAUGGGACGAGAUCUUCACCUACAUCGAGGCCAACCCGCAGCUACAAGAUAUCGUGAUUUCAGGAGGCGACUCGUUCUACAUCCACCCCGAGCACAUUCGCAUGAUCGGAGACCGUCUAAUCAAUAUCCCCCACAUCCGCCGCUUCCGCUUCGCGUCCAAAGGACUGGCGGUCGCACCCAUGCGGUUCAUUGACACGGCCGACGACUGGGCCGACGCGCUCAUCGAAGUCUCGCAGAAGGCGAGAGAUGCUGGCAAGGCCAUGGCCUUGCACACACACUUCAACCACCCCAACGAGUUCUCAUGGAUCACUGAGGUCGCGGCACAAAGGCUGAACGCGGCCAAUGUGACCGUCCGGAACCAGACUGUGCUGCUGAAGGGCAUCAACGACGACUACCAGACGAUGUCGACCCUGAUCAGGAAGCUCGCUGAUAACAACGUCACGCCGUAUUACGUCUACAUUUGCGACAUGGUUAAGAAUAGCGAGCACUUCCGCACGCCGCUUCAGACCCUGCUCGACCUGGAGGUCCAGAUCCGGGGCACUAUCGCGGGCUUCAACAUGCCCCAAUUCAUCGUCGACCUCCCAGGUGGUGGCGGCAAGCGCAUCGGCUCGACGUACGAGUCCUAUGAUCGUGAGACUGGAGUGUCGAAGUUCAAAUCACCGGCCAUCACAACUGCGUCCGGUGCUUACAGUUGGAGGAGGAAGAAGCCCGAAGUGUUUGAGUACCAUGAUCCAAUCGGCCACAAUGCCCGUGUCGAUCUCAAUAACUAA